CGACGUUCACCACGGUGGCAGCGACAAUCUCAUAAUGUCUUCUUCGACGCUACGGGGUGUCGAUGACUACCCUUCAAUGCUCUGGGUUGUCAUUCCUCCGGUGUUACUCCUCUCCGCCUACUUUACGCGCAGGUGGUAUGUAGCACGGCGGCUACGGGUUCAUGGAAUCGGAAAAGGCGCACCUGGGUUCCAAACCAACGUCCGCCAACUACGCGUUACCCCGGAGAUCGCGGCUCGCCUUCGAAGAGGGGAAAAAGUAAGCCCGGAGGAGAUCGCUGCUGCCGCUGCGAAAGCGCAAGAAGAGGAGCAGAAAACGCCGUAUGUACCCCGAAUUAUAGAAGAGAGGCAUGAUAGGCCGAAAUUGAACCCCACCCCACCGCCAGCGGAACCUGUGAAUGAAUGGUUGCCGGAGUCGUUGACGGGGCCGAAGAAGAGGGUGAAGGGGAAGAGAAGAUAGAGGCUACUUUGGUUGAUUUUUGUGUUGUUAUUCUACCUAUUUUAGAGGAUUAGGGGCAAUGUACAGGAACUGGAACACAUGGCGGACGAAAACGCACCCAGCUAUAAACUAUGCUUGACUGUUU